AUGCAGCACCUGUCGGGCCUCUUCCUCAGUCUCGAGAUGGAGGCAGCAGCUGGGGGGGACGUCGGCUGGGACGUCAUCAUCCACGAGGACUUCGAUCAUCCCUCGUUCUUGGAUGGAUUCUCCACGACGAUCCCGGGGAGCGUACAUUUACGAGGGAACGUAACGCAGAAAGACCUGCGGAAGGAAGACACGCAGAAGGAGGACCUGCGGGAAGAAGACCUGAAGAAGGAGGACUUGCAGAAAGAAGACCUGCACGAAGCCCAAAGAAAGAAACAGCAGGAGGAAGAUCUGCAAGAGCAAGAUCGGCAGAGUGUAACCAUGCAGGAAGACUUGCUGAAACAGGAAGCGUCGAAAAGGGACCUGAUCCGGUUCGAGACCGUCCGGAUCAAGGCCCUGCAAGAGGAACGCGCCCAAGUGCAGAAGAAGACCUUCACCAAGUGGAUCAACUCCUACCUCUGCACGGACGAAGAGAGCGAGAGCAGCGGGAAGAAGUCGGCGAAGGAGGCGCUGCUGCUGUGGUGCCAGAGGAGGACGGCCGGGUACCCCCACGUCCACAUCCGAGACUUCACCGCCUCCUGGCGAACCGGCACCGCCUUCAACGCCCUCAUCCACUCCCACCGCCCCGACCUCAUCGACCUCGCCCGCCUGCCCCCUCUCCCCCUGGACAGCCUGAACCACGCCUUCGACGUGGCCCAGCGCGAACUCGGCAUCCCGCGCCUUCUCGACGCCGAGGACAUGCACGCCAGCGAGCCCGACGAGAAGUCCGUCAUCACUUACGUGGCUGCGUUUUACCAUGCGUUCGCCCGCAUGGAGAAAAACAGGAAGAAGGGGAAUCGAAUUGCGAAAAUCGUGUCUCAGCAGAUGGACAUUGACAAGAUGAAGAAGCAGUAUAAAGAAUUAAUCGAUGACAUUUUGGAGUGGAUUCGCUCCAAGAUCUCCGAACUCGAGGAUCGGAACUUCCCCAAUUCCUUGGAAGGUAUUCAGAAAGAAUGCCAGAAAUUCAAGGAGUACCGUACCGUGGAAAAGCCUCUCAAGCACAAUGCGAAGAGCGAGGCAGACGCCUUGCUCUCCACCAUCAACGCGCGACUGACCGCCUCGAGCCAACCGAGCUACCAGCCGCCAGACGGACGACUCCCGCACGAAAUACAGAUGUCGCUAGAGGCGUUGGAAGGGGCAGAACGCGCGCGGGAGGCCGCUCUCGGCGACGAGCUCAUUCGCCAGGAGAGGCUGGAGCAGCUCGGUGGCAAGUUCGAGCGGAAGGUGAGACUCGCGUUCGGCGUCGGGCGUCGAGACGUUGUGCUCGCUUCAUCGAGUCUUCGUUUGCAGAGUGUACUGGGAGAGAAGUACUUGAAGGAAAUGAUUCGAGUCCUGUCGGAUUCUCCUCGCGGAAGCGACUCGACGCGAGUGGAGGCCGAUGUCAAGAAACUCGAGGCGAUCAGUGCUGACAUCCUCGCGAGGAAGAAGAGAUUUGAGGACAUUUCGGCCAUGGCAAACGAGCUGGAGAAAGAGGGCUAUCAUGGAAAAGAGAAAGUGAAAGAACGCGAGGAAGAAAUCACGGCAAAAUGGAGACAACUCCUUGAGCUACUGGAGGAGCGCAAGACCCCAUUCACCGCAUUCACCAAUCUGACAUCCCUCCUGGUUGAAGUGGACGCCACCACAACCGCCAUCCACGAACUCGAGGCAAGUCCGUCCUUCCGUUUAAAAAGAGCUUUCCCCCGUCUCACGCUUCCACGAAACGGCCGGCAGGCGAAACUGAAGUCGAGCGACCCGGACCAGCAGCGUGGGGUGGGAGACCUCCACAUCCAUGGGGUGGAAGACCUCCACAUCUACGGGGUGGAAGACCUCCACAUCCAGGCAGCGUCCUCCUUGGAGGACGCGGUUCGACGGACGAACGAGCAGGCCCAGCGGUUCCCAGCGGAAGGCCCGGAGUCCCGCCUCCUGCAGGAUAAACUCCACGCGCUGAACCAAGCCCACUCCGACCUGCAGAAAACGGCCCAGGCCAAGAAGACCCAGCUGGAAGAAUCCAGACGCCACCUCGCCUUCGCGGAGGAGGAGGCGUGGGUCGACGAACGACUCGGGAUUUUCCGGGCUCCCCUCGCGGCCUCGCACCUUGGGGCUGUCGUUUCUCUGCAACAGAAACACGAGGAAAUGGAGGAGGAGAUCCGAGCCAGGACCCCCCGCAUUCAGAAGGUGAUGAACGAAGGAGCGAGCCUCGUCGAGCGAGACCAUCCCCAAGUCCAUCCCCAAGUCCAUCCCCAAGUCCAUCCCCAAGUCCAUCCCCAAGGCCAUCCCCAAGGCCAUCCCCAAGGCCAUCCCCAAGGCCAUCACCAAGGCCAUCCCAAGGAGGUCGACAUCCGGGCUCGGAGCGAGAGGCUCCGAGCCCGCCUCGGCGCCCUGGAAGAGCUCGCGGCCCGGCGGAGGAAGCGGCUGGAGCAGGCCGCCGAGGCGCGCCGCUUGCACGAGGACGCGGACGAGGCGGAGUCCUGGCUGAGGGAGAAGCGGCGCCUCGUCGAGAGGAAGGACGACGGAGGGGACGAGUCCGGCGUUCGGUCUCUCCUGGAUCGCCAUCGCCGGAUCGCGGAGGAGGUCGAGGCUUACGCUGGGGAUCUGCAAGCCCUCUGCGCUCGGGGCGAGGCCCUCGUCGGGUCCGGCGUCUCUCGGGUGGACGAGUUUUUCCAAGCGAAUGAGGCCGAUGGGGACUGGUGGAACAUAGAGAAGAGGCUGGAGGCCCUCAAUGCCUCCUACAAUCGGCUUUGCGAGCUCGCUCGGGAGCGCGAGGCGUUCUUGGAGGAUGCCCUGCACCCGUACGACUUCUAUCGCGAAUGCGACGACUUCGAGGGCUGGAUGAAGGAGCAGGAGAAGUCGCUCCAGAGCGGGGGCGACAAACAUCUGGAGGCCAAAGAACGAAAAUUUCAGGUGAACUUUCUUCCUAAACAUGGCCGAUAG